AUGACUUCGGUUAUGGUUAUUGAGAAAUCUCCAAAAAUCAAUCAUGACGAUGAGGUGUUCGCUCUACUGUACAAAAUACUCUCCUCUAAACUGACACCAACAAUCGGUGAGGAUCUCGAGAAGAUCUAUCAACUCAGUGUCGAAAUCACUCCAUCGGAAAUAGCGAAGCUAACCGAGAAGAUGAAGAAAUCAUUUCUCGAGCAACCAUGUCUUCUGGUCAUCGGAAAUGAGCCGAUCACAGUGGUCGCCGAUAUGCAUGGCCAAUCGAUUCAUCUUCUUCGGAUUCUGAUGACAUGCGACGUGCCGCCCGCUCAGAAAUUCCUAUUCUUGGGUGAUUACGUGGAUCGAGGCACACAAAGUGUCGCCGUGAUUUGUCUGUUGUUCUGUCUGAAGCAUCGUUAUCCGAACCACGUUUACUUGCUACGUGGCAAUCAUGAAGAUGUGAAUACCACGCUGAAUUAUGGAUUCUACGACGAGUGUCUUGAGCAAUGGAAAUCCGAGGAAAUCGGAGAGAUUGUGUGGAGACAAUUCGUAGAAACAUUCAAUUGUAUGCCUCUAGCAGCUGUAAUCGGUGGAAAAGUGUUCUGCUCUCAUGGCGGUAUCUCACCGUCAAUGGAGACCAUCGAGGAUAUAAACUCAAUUGAACGCCCUAAUAUUGUGCCUCCGUAUGGCUUGGCUUGUGAUCUCCUCUGGUCAGAUCCAGCGCAACCGGGAAGAAAUGGUUGGGGGCUUAGUCAUCGUGGAAUCUCCUUCACUUAUGGAAAAAGUGUCGUCGAUGAGUUUUGCUACAAGAAUGAGAUUUCCGUGGUGAUCCGAGGACAUCAACUGUUCAAGGAGAUGUAUCCUCAAGGGUGUGUGCUUCGUUUCGGUGGACGCCUCAUCUCACUGUUCUCCGCAUUGAAUUACGAGGGACAUCGGAAUAAUAGUUCGGUGCUGAAACUAGAAUUUGUUGGGCAGAAAGUGAAGGUGAAGCAAGUACAAUACAGAUGUCGGCAUUAUGUUCAGUUGAAAAAUCAUGAAAUCUUGGCGUGUCAAGACAUGAAACAAGCUCAGAAACAAUCUAGGAAGAAUGCAUCGACAAUGGGAAGUGUGAUGGGAAGAAUUUGA